UGCCAUGGGAAGACUACACUUCCCAGCGAUCCCAGGGAACAGCGAAAACCCUCUGGCUUUGACAGCCGCCGCCACAAGUCUUUCCGCCUCCCCAGCCUGCCUGGGAGCUGGGAGCUGGAUUAAGGUGGCCUGAGCAGCCGACGCAGCCGCAGGAGCCCGGAGCCCCUGCCCCUUGCCACGCCGCCCACCCCGCCUGAAGGAGCAGGAGCGCAGCGGCCACCAAGCUGCCAUGCCCACCCCUCCCAGCACCCGGAGAGGCCCGAGCCCGCUGCCGGGGCUGGCCGCCGCCAUCCAGAUGUAGCCUGGCUCUGGAUCCCCUUCUCUGGUGCUCUGCGGAUUUCUCCUGCCCGAUCUCGGUGCCCGGACCCGAGGACUGGUUGAGGGGCCUACAGGCUCUGGAGUCCUGAUGCCUCCAAGCCCCCUCUCCUGAGAAGCCACCAACACCACCCAGGCUUGGGGACAAGCAACAGGGACGGACGUGGGCCCACCAUGGCCCCAGCCCUGCCCUGGCUCUUGCUGUGGAUGGGCUCGGGCAUGCUGCCUGCCCAAGGCACCCAGCACGGCAUCCGGCUGCCCCUGCGCAGCGGCCUGGGGGGCGCCCCGCUGGGGCUGCGGCUGCCCCGGGAGACUGAGGAGGACCCAGAGGAACCGGGCCGCAGGGGUAACUUUGUGGAGAUGGUGGACAACCUGAGGGGCAAGUCGGGCCAGGGCUACUAUGUGGAGAUGACUGUGGGCAGCCCCCCGCAGACGCUCAACAUCCUGGUGGACACAGGCAGCAGCAACUUUGCAGUAGGGGCUGCCCCGCACCCUUUCCUGCAUCGCUACUACCAGAGGCAGCUGUCCAGCACAUACCGGGACCUCCGAAAGGGCGUGUAUGUGCCCUACACCCAGGGCAAGUGGGAGGGAGAACUGGGCACUGACCUGGUAAGCAUCCCUCAUGGCCCCAACGUCACCGUGCGUGCCAACAUCGCUGCCAUCACGGAAUCAGACAAGUUCUUCAUCAAUGGCUCCAACUGGGAGGGUAUCCUGGGGCUGGCCUACGCUGAGAUUGCCAGGCCUGACGACUCCCUGGAGCCCUUCUUCGACUCCCUGGUAAAGCAGACCCAUGUUCCCAACCUCUUCUCCUUGCAGCUCUGUGGCGCUGGCUUCCCCCUCAACCAGUCUGAGGUGCUGGCCUCAGUUGGAGGAAGCAUGAUCAUUGGGGGAAUCGACCACUCGCUGUACACGGGCAGCCUCUGGUACACUCCCAUCCGGCGGGAAUGGUAUUACGAGGUAAUCAUUGUGCGGGUGGAGAUCAAUGGACAAGAUCUGAAAAUGGACUGUAAGGAGUACAACUACGACAAAAGCAUCGUGGACAGUGGUACCACCAACCUUCGUUUGCCCAAGAAGGUGUUUGAAGCUGCAGUGAAGUCGAUCAAGGCAGCCUCCUCGACGGAGAAGUUUCCGGACGGUUUCUGGCUAGGGGAGCAGCUGGUGUGCUGGCAAGCAGGCACUACCCCUUGGAACAUUUUCCCAGUCAUCUCACUCUACCUCAUGGGUGAGGUCACCAAUCAGUCCUUCCGCAUCACCAUCCUUCCACAGCAAUACCUGCGGCCAGUGGAAGAUGUGGCCACGUCGCAAGAUGACUGCUACAAGUUCGCCAUCUCACAGUCAUCGACCGGCACUGUCAUGGGAGCUGUCAUCAUGGAGGGCUUCUAUGUUGUCUUUGAUCGGGCCCGAAAACGAAUUGGCUUUGCUGUCAGUGCUUGCCAUGUGCACGACGAGUUCAGGACAGCAGCAGUAGAAGGCCCUUUUGUCACCCCGGACAUGGAAGACUGUGGCUACAACAUUCCACAGACAGAUGAGUCAACUCUUAUGACCAUAGCCUAUGUCAUGGCUGCCAUCUGCGCCCUCUUCAUGCUGCCACUCUGCCUCAUGGUGUGUCAGUGGCGCUGCCUCCGCUGCCUGCGCCAUCAGCACGACGACUUUGCUGACGACAUCUCCCUGCUGAAGUGAUGAGCAGUAUGGGCGGAAGAGAGAUUCCCCUGGACCACAUCUGGGUGGUUCACUUUGGUCACAAGUAGGAGACACAGAUGGCAUCUGUGACCAGAGCACCUCAGGACCCUCAUCUGCCCACCAAAUGCCUCUGCCGUGACAGAAAAGAAGGAAAGCUGGCAAGGUGGGUUACAGGAUUGCACCUGUGGGAGACAGGAAAGGGAAGAAAGAAGCAUCCUGGUGGCGGGAAUACUCUUGGUCACCCCACAGUUGAGUUGGAAAAUUCUGCUGCUUGAAACUUCAGCCCUGAACCUUUGCCCACCACCUUUAGAUUUUCCAACCCACAGUAUUCUCCUUUGGCAGUUCCGGAAGUACUGGUAUCACACCCAGGUCACACCAGUGUGUCCCUACGGUACCCUGGCAGAGAAAGAGCCACGUUGAUUUUCCUGCUGGCAAAGUCAGCAGGACAGGAUGCAAAGUUUGCGAUUUGCUUUAGAGAUAGGGACUCUAUAAACAAGCCUAACAUUGAUGCAAAAACUGUCUCUUGAAUUAAACAAAAAAAUUAUUAGAUUGAAGAUGUGUACACUUGAGGGUGAUCUGAAAGAAGAGGAGAGGGAGUGCAGACAUGGAACAGCUUGGAUCAAAGCUAGAAAAGACAGAAACACAACCACAUGUCAGUCCCAGUUUUAGACCUCAUCUCCAAGACAGAAUCCCAUCUCGUAAGGUGGGUGUCGCUUUCCAGUGUUUUCUUUUCUGUGGUUGCAGUCUGACUAAAUGCAAGAAAGGAAAAGGGCUUAUCUGGCCAAAGAGCUCUUUUUGGCUCUCUUAAGAGAAAAGUGCCCACUAAGAAAUUCUGCUUAACAAAUGAAUUUCUACCUUAUUAAUCUCACUUGUCUUUGCCUGAACGCUUCAUUUCACAGACGACAGGUAGUGCUGAAAAAUCCCAAUCCCCUAGGUCUCAGGUGCCCUACCGGAGAGAAGUUGGAAUACAGCAGGGCUGGGCUCUGUCUUCCUGGUCACAAGUUCACUCCUUCCCCCAAAGCCCUAUUCCUUGGGAGCUUUGCAGCUAAGGUGCUAAAAGGCAGAGAUAGGAGACCUCUCCUACCUAACCCUUGAAAGUAAAAUCCUGGAGAUUCACCCAACAGGUAUAGAGUUGAUGCCCUAUACCUCUGCCUGAAUUUCUCCCUGUUCAGCUGUAAGUAUAAGGUCUUUACAGAAUACAGAGUGGUUUUGUUACUUUCUUGCCCUCUCUAAUGGUCCCUCCAUUUAUUUGGCUAUGGCUUCAUAUACUGGCUAGUAUUAUCCAAGAAUGUCAGCAAUGCAGGGUGUUCUGGCUCUAACAUCCUUGCCAUCAGCAUCAAGGCUGCAUGGAGAAAGGAUGGCAGCCCCUGGGCAUCCCCAUUUCCUUCACCAAAAGGGUUCCUUGAUGGAGGCCAUCCUUUCCCUCUAUGUUCUCUCUGCUCCCCACUCCUAGUAAUAUGGGGGUACCCAGGCUGGUUCUUGGGCUAGGUAGUGGGGACCAAGUUCCUUUCCUCCCCAUCAGUUCCAACAGACUAUGACACCAAUGUUCGUGGGAAGAACCGAAUUUUGCUGGUAUACCCACUGCAUCCUAUUCCUAUUUGGUCAUCACACUGCUUCCAGGUAUGGGACCUACAAAGUGUGGAAUCAUCAGAUGAGGGAGAGGGAAAUACAAGGAGGGCCUCUGGGGUUCCUGGCCUCAGCCACAAGCCAUAAACCAAUAAAACAAGAAUACUGAGUCACA